AUGGCAGCUUCACCGCUGUUACACUCCCUUCCAGUCGGUUACCGUUUUCGACCGUCGGAAGAAGAACUCGUUUUCUCUUACCUCCUUAACCGCACAUCGGGGCAAGCUUACGCUGCGCGUCCACUCCUUCAGCUGCCCGAGGUUAACGUUUUGCGGUGCGACCCGAGCAGCCUGCCUUCCGACGCGUGCUUCGACGGCGAAUGGUUUUUCUACUACCGCCCGUCGCAGCAUGGCUCGAAAAAAGAACGCUCCGUGAAAUGCGGCGAGACGGUCGUCGGAUUCUGGAAAUCCACGGGAAACGAUCACGCGGUGCGCCUCGGCAGGAGUAAGAGCAGCAGCAGCAACGGCCACGCGUCGCAAAAGGCCCUUCCAGACGGCGGCGUAACGGGAAUGAAGAAGAAAUUAGUCUACUAUUCAAAGUCCGGGCCGAGCGACCACAAGGGAUCUAAGACGGACUGGAUUAUGGACGAGUAUCGACUCGAAGCGGAAGCCGGGAGCGAGCUCGCGGCGCUGGUGUUGUGCCGUGUCUUCAUCAAGGGCAAUGUCGCCCCGCCAAACGCGCCGCGUAACCCGCCGUCAAUCGCGCCGGCUUCGCCGAACUUGAGCUCCGCGACGGUCACACGACCGAUGUCGCCCGCGCCGUCGCUGACGCUCGGCGCCUUCGCGGAGCAUGUUACUAUGGCGAAGGGACAAAUCGUGACGGACAAUUGCGAUGUUGUUAACAGUGUGAUUCAAGCGAAGCAGAUGACUGUACCGGGCGCGGCUUCUGCAUCGGCGAUGUGUGGCGGCGACGACUGCGCCGAGCGGUUUGUCGAUCUUCUUCUCGCGAAAGACGAGGUUGAGAGUGGCAUGACCGGCGGUGAUACUAAAGGAUCUGCUAAUGACGAGGAGCGCAUGCUUCUAAGCACGAUGAUGGACGCGAUUAUAAUCGACGACGGAGAUCGGUCCGUGAAAUCCGGGAGCGACGAUGUGACUGCGUCGGUGCAGCUUGUAUCGGAGGCGUUCGUGGAUUCUUCAGUGGAUAACUCGGAAAGAUUCGUCUCGGGAUGGGGCGGGAGCGCGACAGACGCGGAGGAGAGCGGGAGAUUCGGGGGAUUUCAGUCACAACACGGCAGCAACACGGACCUGCCUGGUGCUUGCAACGGUAACAGCAGCAGCGCGUUCGAGAAAUUAUCGUCGGCGAGCUAUGAGAAUGUAACCAUGGCUGAGUCUCAGUGCGCUCCGGCAGCUGCGAGAACCUGGAAGGUUCCUCGCAGUCCUCAAAUUGCUUCCACUGACACUGUCGGCCCAGAUACUGGCGUAACUGGCGGCGCAACUACUGGCGGCGCGUCCGCUGCUGCUGUCGUCGCGCCAUCACUCGCCUCGGGACUAGCGACGGCAGAUCUGGAGCAGCCCAUGUAUCUGCACGGGCAUGAUGACGUCACCAUUGAGGUCCCGGAGCAUCCAAGCCAACGACACGGGUACACGUGGAUGCACAAAGUUUUAGACUCUGCUGACAUCUUCACUCCACAUGUCAGUUCCGAUAACGGCUCGCCUGCAGACAAAAGCUCGGCAGAAAAGUCGGGAGCCGGGAUUCACGGAGAGGGUAAAGGGAAGAGCGGAUCGCCUAAUGGCGAUGGGGGUUUUAAAGACAUGUUUUCUGACAUGUUCAGCGCGUUGACUCCUAGGGGACUAUCGUUCGGAAAGGGAUUCACACCUAAGGUGUUCACGCCCGUGGGAUUUACUCCCAAGGGAGCUACGCCGAAGGCUGGCUCUGGUUACCCGUUUGCGACACCUAAAGUAUUUUCGCCGGGUGUGGGACUGUGGAGGUUUCCGUCGAUGUCGAAGAAUGGGUUGAAGCGGCCUGCGGUAACUCCGAGCGGCGAGUCCCGAUUGGCGGAGGAUCGCUUAGUGAGGGUGAAGCAGUGA